AUGACUACCAACAACUUGCCCGCAAGCGACAUCAACAGCUAUGACUACCUCGUCGUUGGCGGUGGAACCGCCGGCUGUGUCAUGGCAUCCCGCCUGGCCGAAUAUCUGCCCAAUAAGCGCAUUCUUCUGAUUGAAGCUGGCCCGAGCGACUUCCUCGACAAUCGUGUUCUUGAUCUGAAACAAUGGUUAAAUCUACUAGGAGGUGAGCUCGACUAUGACUAUGGCACGACUGAACAGCCGAUGGGCAAUUCCCAUAUUCGACAUUCUCGCGCGAAAGUGCUUGGAGGUUGCUCUUCGCACAACACUUUGAUCUCCUUCCGCGCAUUUGAAUACGACAUGCAAAUCUGGGAGUCACUUGGCGCGAAAGGCUGGACCUUCGAGGAGAUGACCCGUGUUCUUCGCAGGCUUAGGAAUACCAUUCAGCCUGUUCACAAGCGCCAUCGAAACCAAUUGUGCUUGGACUGGCUGGAUUCGUGCUCCAAUGCUAUGGACAUUCCUGUCAUCCCAGACUUCAACCGCCACAUCACGAAGACAGGCUCUCUGACUGAAGGUUGCGGUUUCUUCUCCGUUUCCUACAAUCCAGACACCGGUCACCGAUCGUCCGCUUCGGUGGCUUAUAUUCAUCCUCUGCUUCGUGGCGAUGAGGAGAAGCCGAAUCUGACAAUCCUGACCAAUGCUUGGAACGGUCAAAGCCACACUCUUACUGCUAAGGCGGAGACCAUCCUGUGCGCUGGCGCCGUCGAUACACCCAGACUGAUGCUGCUCUCUGGUAUCGGCUCUGCUUCCGAUCUCAAAGAGCUCUCAAUUCCCGUCGUCAAGGACAUUCCGGGUGUGGGCUACAACCUGCAAGAUCAUCCCGAGUCUAUCAUCAUGUGGGAGCUCUCAAAGCCAGUCCCGCCCAACCAGACCACCAUGGACUCAGACGCCGGCAUAUUCUUGCGACGGGAGGCUCCCAACGCUGCAGCCGUGGCGUCUCCUCAAUCACCUUUCAAUCCCCAGAACCUGCCAGACGGUAACAUCGCCGACUGCAUGAUGCAUUGCUACCAGAUUCCUUUCACACUCAACACCACCCGUUUGGGAUACGACUCGCCUCCCGAUGGUUACGCGUUCUGCAUGACGCCCAACAUCCCGCGCCCUCGCUCCCGAGGCCGCGUGUACCUGACCUCCAGCGACCCCUCCGUGAAGCCUGCACUUGACUUCCAAUACUUCACCGACGAGGGCGGCUACGAUGCCGCAACCCUUGUCUUUGGCAUGCGAGCGGCGCGCAAGAUUGCGGAGCAAGCACCUUUCAAAGACUGGAUCAAACGCGAAGUCGCUCCAGGCCCGAAUGUCAACACCGAUGAAGAAUUGAGCGAGUAUGCGAGAAGAAUGGGCGAUUUGAGCAAGGACGAGAUGGCCGUGUGCGAUCCGGACAUGAAUGUCAGGGGCUUGAAGGGGCUGAGGAUUUGCGAUGCUGGUCUGUUCCCGACCAUGCCGAGCAUCAACCCUAUGGUUACGGUGCUGAGUCUAGCGGAGAGGGGCGCUGAGAUCGUGGCGCGACAGGCUGGGUGGGAUGGAAAGACUGGCGUGGACAUUGCGCCACGGGCGAGGUUGUAG